AUGAGCGAGCGUGAUGUUGUCGCUUACACAGCAAUGAUCUGCGCUUUUCUUGCCGAUGAGAGAAUUACCGACGCGGAGCAACUCUACGAAGCAAUGCCAGAGAGGAAUCUGGUAGUUUGGACUGCAAUGAUAACAGCAUAUGCCCGGCUUGGGUAUCUUUUUAGAGCGGAAAAGAUAUUCAACCAAAUGCCCGAGCGGGACGUUAUCGCUUGGAAUGCCAUGGUCGCUGCGUAUGCACGGGAGAGAUCGCUCGGUCGGGCGUUAGAAAUCUUCCAAACCAUGCCUGAGAGAGAUUCCGUGUCGUGGAACGCGCUCUUAUCAGCAUAUGCCGUUCAAGGGCAUCUAGAAGCCGCUAAGGAAACGUUCGAUGAUAUGCCAGAGAGGGACAUUGUCUCGUGGAGCUGUAUGCUCUCGGCUUAUACCUUGAAUGGGCAUCUUGAGAAAGCUAGCGAGCUUUUUCACAGGUCUCCAGAGUGGAGCGUCGUUUCGUGGGCUUGUAUGCUCGACGCUUUCUCGCAAAAGGGUCUCCUGGAAGACGCGAAGUCGGUGUUUGAUGUUAUGCCCGAGUGGAAUCUCGUGGCUUUUAACACGCUGUUGGACGCUUACGCUCAACAUGGCGAUCUUCAGAAAGCCAAGAACACGUUUGAUUCUUUCCCGGAGAGAGAUGAUAUCUCCUGGACUGCUUUGCUCAAUGCUUAUGCUCACCAUGGCCAUCUCUGGAAAGCCAAGGACUUGUUAGAAGUGAUACCACAAAAGUACGAAGCUCCGCCGUGGAACGCAAUUUUAGCUUCGUUGGCUCGAAAUGGUCACUUCGAUGCGGCGCUGGAGCAUCUUCACGAGAUGGAACUCGAAGGAAUUCCAGCCGACGAAGCGUCCUUCGCUUGCAUCAUUCUCGGUUGCAGCCACAAGGGAGAUCUCCACGAUGGCUGGUCAAAAGUCCGGUCCCUCAUCCUCGAUCAUAGUGUCCGGCUCACCAAGCAGCUAUACUGCUCCAUCACUGACCUGUUGAGCAGGGCUGGAUACUUGCGAGAAGCCGAGGAGAUUUUGUCUGGUAUGCCUUUCACCCCGGACGUUGUCGACUGGAGAUGUCUUCUUGGUGCGUGUAAACGCCAAGAAGAUACUCAAAGUGGAGCACAGGCUGCAAGGCAAGCUCUUGUGGCGAGUCCCGAAGAUCCAUCUUCUUGCGUACUGCUGGCCAACGUUGUCUCUGUAUAG